GCACGCCGUCCGGUGUGCGGGGGGUUUAAAUCCUGACACAGAGAGGGAGAUAUCACUAACACACUCCUUUACCAUUGGACUAACCCAACUGACCAGUGUUCUGCACCCAUCCAGCUCCAACAGCGUCCUGACCCAUCCAUUCGUCCCUUUGAGGUCUGACGACCACAAUGAACCUUCAGUCUGCCAUCAACAAAGAGGUCUUCGUCCCCCGGGAUGAGCGCCUGCUGGUGGCUGUGGAGGUGAAGAGGAGGGCAAAGAAGAGGCUGUCCUUCCUCCCAGUGGGCACCAAAGCUAACUACACCACCUUCAUCUGUCUCUCAGUGACCAACAGCCGGCCCCAUCAGCUCCUCAUCACCAAGGUGAAGCAGUUUGAGGGCUCAUCCUCCUUCACCAGGAGGUCUCAGUGGACCGUGGAGCAGCUCCGCCAGGUCAACGGGAUCAACCCUAACAAGGACACUCCUGAGUUUGACCUGGUCUUCGAUAACGCUGAGGACCAGUGGGUGGCGCUCUCCUCAGCAGAGAAGUGCAUCUUUAUCCAGAUCCUGUACCAUGCCUGUCAGGCAUACUGGGAGGGCAGAGCGGGGACUCUGGGUAAGACUGGGAAGACUGGAAAGACAGGCCACCAAAUGAGACCAGGCCCGAGGUCACAGCAGGAGACCAGAGCCGGUUCCAGUCAAACCCCACCAGGACCUCCACCCAGAACCCUGCAGGCCCGACGCAAGAGCUACGCUCCCCCCAAACAGGCCGAGUUCAUCAACUGCCAGUCCAAGCUGACCGGAGACGCUCGCACCAUGAACCUGAUCAUCUUCCGCUGCAGAGCCUUCCUAAAUCGCAUCAGGAAACGGAUGGUGGAAAACCAGCGCCGACUCGCAGCUGGAGGACUGGCAGGACAGCGCGUGUCUCAGAGCACUGUGGGUAAUGUAGUCCACCGGAUGAACGUGGCUUUGGGGGAGAGAGGAGAGCGUCUGAGUCGAGCUGAAGAUAAAACCGUGGACCUGAUGCAGCGAGCUCAGCAGUUUGCAGACACCGCCCACAAGCUGGCUCUGAAAUAUUCAAAGUAGCGAGUCUUCCAGGUCGCUGUAACGUGGGCCCUUGACAUCUGAUUGAGUCCUGACCUCAAAAAAGACUUGACAUGAAGAACCAUAAGACGACUUGGAGGCUUCACACCAAC